GGGAGCCGGUCAGGAACUGUGGCUCAGCCAACGAGGGGGCGCAGACAUAAAGGCCCCAGCUCUGGCUUCCCGGGAGUUCCUUGAUCUUCGGAGGUGCAGCUCCGUGCGCUGCGGUGAGGGUUCGUGGGGGGCCGUCGGCGUCCGAAGCGCCUCAGCCUGGUUGUUGCCUACCCUCACCCCUUUUGAGGACAGUUCCAAAGGGCUCGGGAAGGCGUCCUGUCGCCGCCGUGCCGUCUCCUGGGGAGCCACUCAAACGCUGCGAUGCAGUCGGGCAGCGUGCAGCCCGCAGAUGAAGAAGAGGAGCAGACCCGAGACCAGAGAACAGAAGCUGCAGCAGGCCUCGUGGAGCUCGGCAUGCCCCCCGUGAGGCGCCUCACGAUUGAGGACUUUGAAAUCGGGCGUCCUCUGGGCAAGGGAAAAUUUGGGAACGUGUACCUGGCUCGGCUCAAGGAAAGCCAUUUCCUUGUGGCCCUGAAAGUCAUCUUCAAGUCCCAGAUAGAAAAGGAAGGACUGGAGCACCAGCUGCGCCGGGAAAUUGAGAUCCAGGCGCAUCUACAGCACCCCAAUAUCCUACGCCUAUACAACUACUUCCAUGAUGCACGCCGGGUGUACCUGAUUCUGGAAUAUGCUCCAAGGGGUGAGCUCUACAAGGAGCUGCAAAAGAGCAACACGUUGGAUGAACAGCACACAGCCACGAUAAUGGAGGAAUUAGCAGAUGCUCUGACAUACUGCCAUGAGAAAAAGGUGAUUCACAGGGAUAUCAAGCCGGAGAAUCUGCUGCUGGGGUUCAGGGGUGAGGUGAAGAUUGCAGACUUUGGCUGGUCUGUGCACACCCCAUCUCUGAGGAGAAAGACCAUGUGUGGGACUCUGGACUACUUGCCCCCAGAAAUGAUAGAAAGGAGAACAUAUAAUGAGACGGUUGAUCUGUGGUGCAUUGGAGUGCUCUGCUAUGAGCUGCUGGUGGGGAAUCCACCCUUUGAGAGCCAUUCCCAUAAUGAGACGUACAGACGUAUCCUCAAGGUGGACAUCAGGUUUCCUCCGUCAAUACCUUUGGGGGCCCGGGACUUGAUCUCCAAGCUUCUCAGAUACCAGCCUUUGGAGCGGCUGCCUUUGUCACAGAUCCUGGAGCACCCCUGGGUCCGGGCCCACUCUCGGAGGGUGCUGCCUCCAUCUGUUCAGAUGAAUUCUUGAGCCCUGUCCGCACCUGUUUCAUUGCAUUUGUCCAGGGAGCUCUCCUGGCUCUACUAACUGGUCUGUCUUUUGUUUCUUCUAAGAUGCAAGAUACUAAUGAAUAAAAGCUGAGUCAUUUUUUUA